AUGCAUCCUACACUUCGCUCGCUGGAGCAUAUGCACAAACCUUUGAUUCGCUUCCUGGGGAAGCACCAGUGGUCGUCCGAGGCACCGCACGCGCACCCAGCUGCACCGAAGGAUAUUGCCGACCGCUUCACUCAACUAUUCUCUUCACGCGCGUCUAGUGGAAGCGGCUCAGGCGCAAGUGCGAAGAAGAGCUCAGGUAGCUCGGGCGCACUGGAGUUCUGGGAGGCACCCGACCGCCUAUUCCGUCCGCGUAUACGGAGGAUUGACGAGUGGGAGAUUGACGCCGUUGAGACCGGCGGCGCAUCGCUGCAUUAG